CGAAGGAAAACACUUAAAUUCCGGCAAACGAAUUUUUCAUUUUCAUCAUUUUUAAAAAGGUAUAGGCGUGUUAAUCGGUUGAUUGUGAAUACAAGUGACGUCAAGGUCUUCGUAAUAGCUUCUUGUAGGAUAAUAUGAUUUGGAAACGAUUUCUGUUGGCUCUUGGAUUGAUGUCAUAUACGUUAUCAUUUAUUGAAAGAGUGCAUCUUCUAAAUGAAACUUUACCUCUGACUAUUCAAGAUGGCUGGUAUAAGGAAAAAUUGCCGGGAGACAUGCUGGGGUUUUUCUUCAACUCUGGAAAGUACUUAGUAUGUGAUACUAAAGAAAAGCAAGAACCAAAAUCCUGGUUAAGAACUGACUUUAUUGAAUUCAAUGGCGCUAAGCGCGUGUUCAUUUACAUUGGUUACACCAUCGGAAAAUGUAAAUCAAACUCAAAAUACUGCAAAGAGCAGUUUAAACUUUACACAGCACAAACUAACAAGUCUGCAUCAAGUCCUAAACCUCCAAAUGGAUUUGAGGAAAUUGCACUUGCAAAUCCUAAAAACCUCAAAGAUGGAGUUCCAGAUGAAAAGGACGUUAUUGUGUUGAAUGCAACAAUCAAAGCAAAGAUGGGUGGAUUUUAUCUGGCUUUGUUGGAUCAAGGUGUAUGUCUCACAUUGUACAGCAUCAAAUUAGUUUACUACGUCUGUCCUGAAAGAGGAAAAUAUCUUGAUUUAAUCAAGUUUCCUAAAACCAUAUCUCCAGCUGAAGACAUUGUAGGAUCUCAGGGCCAGGAAGUCCAUGGAUUCUGCUCUGAUUCAAAUGCUAAAAAUACGACUGAAUUACUGGGUGUUUGCACAACCAAAGGAGUGUGGAAGGUGAAUAGUGAUGUCAGGUGUCUGUGCAAACCUGGUUAUGGAUACUUACCAACUCCUAAAGCACACUGUGCAGAAUGUGGUCAUGGCCAGUACAAGAAUUCUCUUAACAACAGCAAGUGUAAGAGAUGUCCAAAUGGUUCUUACUCUUUUGGACGAAACACAAUGUGCGUGUGUCAUCCAGGGUUGUUUAGGAUGAAUAAAAAUAAAUAUGAUGAGCCAUGUUACGCUCUUCCUAGUGGCCCUAAAUCUAUAAACACAACUACGUGGAAUAGAUCAUCCAUCCUUGUGUCAUGGAUUCCCUCAAGAGACAAGGCUUUAGCCUUCACUGUUGAAUGUUUCAUGUGUAAAAAUGACAAAGAUAAGAAAUGUGUUGAACCAUGUAACAGCAAAACAAUAUUUCACCCUGGUAAAAGUGAUCUUAAAAGACAAGUACUUGUAUCCGGCCUAAAAUCUGGCUCAAGAUUCAAGUUUCUUGUCUUUGGAGUAAAGCGCUUGAAUCAAAAAGUGCAAAAAUCUGAAUGGAAAUACUCUGUGACUUUCGGCAACACAAAAGAAGGUUAGGUGGGGGGAUUUGAUCUUGAUCUAAUAUCUUUUUUAUAUAUUCACAGCCGCAAUACUCUUGUUCAAAAGCGUCUUCAUUGUCUUCGUUAUCCGCAGAGAUUCUUUAAUUCUGGCGCUGAUUUGAUAUUAGAGACCUACAAUCGUGGACAUAAAUGUUGACAAUUUUUACGCACGCACGAAAUUUCUAACAUUCUUCGUCGAUAAAACCUUACUCUUGCCCCCCCUUCCCCCAAUACAAUGUUGUGUGGCUUUCUUUUCAUUGGUUGUCCAUUCAUUAACCCCUGCAUGCAACAUUGAUGCGGGAGGGGAGGGAGGGAAGGGGAAUAUUUUCAGUUUAUGCACACGAUACAGUAUUUUUAAUGCUCCAGCGAAAAAUUGUCAAGUAUUUAUGUCCACGAUUGUCUGAAACUGUAUUUGUAAAAAUUUAAUGCGCGCUUAAAGGAAUCAUGCCAUGUUUAUACUCAAAAGAAUCGCCGUUACAAAAGCAAUACGUUCGUAGGAAAA